AUGGAACAAAAUGCAAAGCAUCUUGCUUAUCCGCAUAUUGACUCGUAUAAUAGAUUUGUUAACAGCACUUUGCCAAAACUAGCACAAUCAUUCGAGCCCGUAUCCGUGACAGAUAAGUUUAAUAACGCAAUUACCAUUUCAGUAGAAGAAAUUCGCGUAGAAUCCCCUGCUGUGAAGGAAGGAACUGGAAAAAAAGCACUAAAAAGAAAUGUUCUUCCAUCAGAGUGCAGACUGACAUCACAAAGUUAUCAAUCUGAGGUAUUUGCCAGCUUGCAGACGGUAGUGAAUGGCGCAGUUAGCACACAAGAAGUCUCCCUUGGCAUAAUUCCUGUCAUGGUUAGAAGUGAGCUAUGUUAUCUCAGCGAAAUGAAGGAUGCGCAGAUGAUCAAAGCGAAGGAGGAACCAAACGACUUUGGAGGAUACUUUAUCUACAAAGGAACAGAGAAAAUAUGCAGGCUUAUUCAAAUACAGAAGAAGUACGUGCCAUUUGGGAUAUACAGGCCAGGCAUGUCCAAAAAGAGUAAAAACAUGUCAGAGCACGCUGUCUCGUACAAGUCAGCACGGCCAAGCGGACAGACAUCUAUGUUCGUGCUGCACUACUUUACAGAUCACUCAAUUAAAAUUCGGGUUAAGAUGGGAAAAAAGGAGUACUACAUACCAUUGCACUUGGUUUUAAGAGGUCUUUCUGGGAAGACUGAUCAGGAGAUAAGGGAGUCCUUUAAGGGAGUGCUGAAAGACGAUGAUUUGAUGGAGUAUGUAGACCUGCUUUUGCAGAGUUUUUCUUUCCAUGCGGAGUAUACACAGAAGGAGGCGCUCACAUACUUGGGCAGCAAGUUUAGGCUGUAUUACCACGUAUCCCCAGUGGAGCUAGCCUCAGUCGGGUCAAGACUAAAGAAGCAAAAAAAGGCCUCUAUGUUUGCUUCAGCUACAGCUGAAGAGCCAAUAGAGGAGUUGGAGAAAUCGAUAUAUGAAUAUACCACAAUGCUAUCCGAUAUGGAGUGCGGAAUGAACUUUAUUAAUAACACAGUUGCUGUUCAUACUGCCUCAGCAACAGAGAAGUACGAUCUUCUUGUUCUUUGUAUAGCAAAGCUGUUUCAGCAGGUAUCUGGAAAAAUUCCUGCAGACAAUGGAGAUGCACUGUCGUUCCACGAAGCCAUUACUGUUGGAGAUACACUGACAGAAAUAGCAGUUGAUAAAAUGCAGAUGAUACGAAAGACUUUCAUAAACGAGCUAGUUGCAUCCAUACACUAUCUCUCCAUCUCUGUAACAGACAUAACAGCUCUCUCUAGAGUUAUUAAGAAAGCGGUUUCCCCGUUUACUUCGAGCAUGCACAGGCUGCUUGCAUCUGGCGUGCUGUCGUUUAACAACCUUGGGUCAUAUGCAAUGAUGCAGCAGGCUGGAUUCACAAUUACUGCAGAGAGACUGAACUUCCUGCGGUUCUUUAGUCACUUGAGAAGUCUGCACAGAGGGGCAUUCUUUGAGGCCAUGCGAACAAGUACGGUGCGUAAGCUUCUUCCCGAAUCAUGGGGGUUUCUAUGCCCGGUGCACACGCCAGACGGUUCUCCGUGUGGGCUUCUGACGCAUUUAUCGCAUGCAUGUGCCAUCUCUCAUCAGACAUAUGGUCUUUCCACCGCUGAGCUAAUUAGAUCGGGAAUGAAUCAUCUGAUGAGCAAUCUAAGCGGAAUACCUAUUAUUCAAAACGGAAGGGUUAUGGGCACAAUCUCAGAAAAAAGCAUUGAAUCCUUCAUUGAGUCACUUAGAAGAAAGAAAAUAUUGGGAGGAAAGUUCAAAUAUGCAGAAAUCAUAUAUAACACCCAGACGCUCAACAUUAUUAACACGCCAAACCGAUUUGUGCGGCCGCUUAUGAACAUAAAGGAGAAUGCAGUUGAGUAUAUCGGGUCAAGUGAGCAGCUGCACAUUCAAAUAGAAGGUCUAAGCAGUGGAAAGAAGGAAACUGCAGAGAAAAUACAGAAGAUUGCAGAGAUGUGUAGAAACCAGGAUGUAGUGCGAGUAGAGCCAACACACAGAGAAAUAGCAGCAACAAACAUACUCAGUGUAGUUGCAGGAAGCACGCCCUUGGGGAACUUUAAUCCAAGUCCUCGUAACAUGUACCAGUGCCAAAUGGCAAAACAGUCAAUGGGAACAGCGCCACACACUCAGAAGCACCGAACAGACCAGAAAAUAUACUGCCUGGACUACGUGCAGACACCCACAAUGCACACGAAUCUAUAUGCGAAGUACGGGCUUGGGGAUUACCCAAAUGGAAAAAACAUCACAAUUGCAAUUUUAUCAUACACAGGAUAUGACCUUGAGGAUGCGGUUAUUCUGAACAAAGCCAGUGUGGACCGAGGAUUUAUGCGGGGAGCAGUUAUAAAAACUGAAGCUAUCAACUUUUCAGACAUGCCAGAUAUGGAGAUAGGCACACUUAACGACAAAGAAGGCCUUCCAGAUGUAGGUAAGCUAAUCAAGGACAAAGAGACAAUAUAUACCACCGUAAACACAAAGUUCUUGGAGGAAAAGGCCCAUAAGAGUCAUGCGCUAGAGAACAUGCGGGUGCAGAAUGUGUCGAUCUACCAAAGCUCAAAUGGAAAGAGAGCUGCCAAUAUAACGAUGAGAAUACCAAGAGUGCCCACCAUUGGGGACAAGUUCAGUAGUAGGCACGGGCAGAAGGGAGUCUGCUCUAUUCUGUACGAAGACGAGGAUAUGCCAUUCAAUGAGUCUGGAAUCACUCCAGAUCUAAUCAUUAACCCGCACGCCUUUCCAAGUCGUAUGUCAAUUGGUAUGUUUAUUGAGAACAUUGCUGCAAAGACCGGUGCAAUGCUUGGAACCCCCAUGGACGGAACUAUGUUCAAAUAUGGGGAGGAGGGCCGGCCAGAUAGCAAAAGCAGCAUUGGCAGUGUGCCUGGGCCUGAGUCGGAUGGCAUUAGUGCAAGCGAGUACUUUGGAAACAUGCUGGAGUCUGUGGGGUUUAAGCGGGGCGGAGGAGAAGUUCUCUACUCAGGCAUAACAGGCAAGCCUUUGGCAGUUGAUGUGUUCUUUGGGAUUGUAUACUACCAGAGGCUUCGACACAUGGUGAGCGACAAGUAUCAGGUGCGUUCAGUGGGAGCAGUUGACCCCCUGACCAAGCAGCCGGUAGGAGGUAGGCGUAAGGGAGGAGGAGUCCGUUUGGGAGAAAUGGAGAGAGAUGUGCUAAUAUCCCACGGAGCAGCUUCUCUGCUAAACGAUAGAAUGCUUAUGUGCAGUGACUACACAAUUUUAAACGUCUGCAAACAGUGCAACAGUCUGUCCUUCUUCCAGGCAUGGAUGUGCACAGAGUGCAAGAAUGCAAGAAACCUUGUGCGCGCUGAAUUUCCGCAUGUCUUUAAGUAUCUAGUGGCCGAACUUGCAUCUGUUAAUAUCCAGUGCAAAGUUAAAAUGGAAAGGAUUGAUGCCUGCUAA